UAUGCAGUUCUGUAUUAGAUAUAAACAGGUGAAGAGCUCUUAUGACUAAUCAAACAAAAGUGACUUGUACAAUUAAACACCUUUCUAAAUAGUCUAAAGCACCGGUUUUAAAUAAAAUAGUGCUAAGUUGAAUUAAAAAAAAUAAAUAAAAUAAUUAUGGAAUCAGCAGAAGUGCCGUCGUAUUGUCCGCCGGGUAUAUCAUUUCUCGAUAUAUGGAUUGAUCAUGGUUUUUCGAAAUGUUUUAUCGAAACCGUUUCAAAUGGAAGUGUUUGUGCGUUUUUACUAAUUUUUGGUAGUUUACAAUUGUAUAUUUAUAAAAAAUAUGCAACAGAAAUUUCAGAAAAUACUUUACGACGGUCAUGUUUAUACAAGUUACAAUUAUUUUUACAUAUAUUUGUGCCUUUAAUAGCGAUUGUAAGAUUUAUUUUGCAAGCUACGAUUCUAGAUGAUAAAACUGUUUAUGGAUACAUGAUAUUAACGCUGGUGUUAAAUAUUUUCAUGUAUCCAUAUGCAUUACUUAUAUUAAGUAAAGAACGUCGGUUUAUGUUACCGAGUGUUCCAAGUCGUGGCCAUGGAUUAAUCCUAUUACAAUUUUGGUGCUUUGUAUUCGUAUUUGAAAAUUUAUCGUUUGUUAAUUUAGGCCAAAAAAGAUGGUGGUUCCAUUUACAUACAUUAUCUGAUAAAUUAGAGAUGACCCUAUUUGUACUACGUUACACAUCAUGUUUGUGUAUAUUUAUUUUGGGUUUGAAAGCACCAGGAAUUUUACUCAACAGCGAUUAUUAUAAUCUCAACGAUUCUAGCAGCCAUAUUACGAUGAUUCCUCCAGAAACCGCGAACCAAGGAUCUACAUGGCGUAAUGCAUGGAAAAAGAUACGACUUUUAGCUCCAUUUGUAUGGCCCAAAAAAGAUAGAUUUUUACAAGUACGAGUAAUCGUUUGUUUCAGUCUUCUUAUUAUUGGACGUGCUUUAAAUUUGCUUGUUCCAAUAUAUAGUAGAGCUUUAGUCGAUUCCAUGAAUGUGAAAGAUGCAAUCUUUAGAUGGGAUUUAGUCCUUAUAUUUGUGGGACUAAAAUUUUUCCAAGGCGGUGGAACUGGAAUACAAGGUUUAUUAAAUAAUUUACGAGCAUUUUUAUGGAUUCGAGUCCAGCAGUAUACAACCAGAGAAAUCGAGAUUGAAAUGUUUCGUCAUUUACAUAGUCUAAGUUUACGAUGGCAUUUAAAUCGUAAAUCUGGAGAAGUUCUUCGUGUAAUGGAUCGUGGAACAGAUUCCGUGAACAAUUUAUUAUCCAAUAUAUUAUUUAAUAUACUUCCAAUUUUUGUGGAUAUAACCAUUGCUGUCGUUUUCUUCUUUACAACAUUUAACGCCUGGUUUGGAAUCAUUGUAUUUAUUACAAUGUUUUUAUAUAUACUUUCUACGAUUGGUGUAACCGAAUGGCGUACAAAGUUCCAUAGACAAAUGAAUUUAGCUGAUAAUGCAACAAAGGCUCGUGCUGUUGAUUCGUUAUUAAAUUUUGAAACUGUUAAAUAUUAUGGAGCUGAAGCGUAUGAAGUUAAUGAGUAUAGAGAAGCGAUUCACGAAUAUCAAAAAAUGGAAUGGUUAGCAAUAAUUUCGUUGAAUAUUCUGAAUUGCUUACAAAAUGUUGUUGUUACUGGUGGCUUACUAGCUGGAUCACUAUAUUGUGUUUAUUUGGUAGUGGAUACACACACAUUAACUGUUGGUGAUUACGUUUUGUUCUCUACCUAUAUAUUACAACUCUACAUGCCUUUGAACUGGUUUGGAACUUAUUACAGGGUUACUCAAAGGAAUUUCAUUGACAUGGAAAACAUGUUAGAUCUAUUCAAAGAACCUCAAGAAGUUAUCGACCCUCCAAAUGCACCAAAAUUAAUUGUUAAACGUGGUCAAAUUGAUUUUAACAACGUAACCUUUGGCUACACACCUGAACGAGUUAUAUUGAAAAAUAUCUCAUUCACAGUACCAGCUGGCAAAACGGUUGCUUUGGUUGGUCCCACUGGUUCGGGUAAAAGUACCGUUGUACGAUUGUUAUUCCGAUUUUAUGAUGUAGAUGAAGGUGCUAUUUUGAUUGAUGGACAAAAUUUGAAGACUGUACAACAAGAAUCUGUACGAAAAGCUAUCGGUGUUGUGCCCCAGGAUAUAACAUUGUUUAAUAAUACGAUUAAAUAUAACAUUCGAUACGGAAAUAUAAAUUCACCAGACGCUGACGUUAUAGAAGCAGCACGAAAUGCAGAUUUCCAUGAAAAAAUUGUUACGUUCCCCGAUGGAUAUGAAACUGUUGUGGGUGAACGUGGUUUAAGAUUAUCUGGUGGAGAAAAACAACGUGUUGGAAUCGCUCGUACAAUAUUAAAAGCUCCACAAAUAGUGCUAUUAGAUGAAGCUACCAGUGCUUUGGAUACACAUACUGAACGAAAUAUCCAGUCUGCGUUGAAGAAAAUCUGUACAAAUCGUACCACAGUUGUAGUUGCGCAUCGUUUAUCUACAAUCAUUCAUGCCGAUGAAAUUUUGGUUUUGAAAGAUGGUGAAAUUGUUGAAAGGGGUAAACACGACGAUUUAAUAUCAAUACCAGGGGGUGUAUACGCGAAAAUGUGGCGAGUACAAUUACAGAAACAGGCAUCAGUAGAUAUACCGAACGAAGCAGACGAAGAAGAACAACCUUCAAAAGCUCCAGAAGAAGAUGUCCCACCACCAAAUCCACAUCACCAUCACCAUCAUAGUUAAGAUUCAUUUGAUUCCAUAUCAAAAUUUUCUGUUCAUAUGUUUUUAUUUUAUCGUAGUCAAAUUUUUUUAGUGUCCGGUCUUUUGUUAGUUUAUUAGUAAUUUCUUUUAUGGCAUACAUCCAGGAAUCUGAACUGGAAUAAAAUUGCAAUUUUAGCUCAAUUAAAUAAAAAAUUUGACGAUUCUAUCGACACGAUUUGUCCCAACAACUUAUAUAAGAUUAUUUCCGCCGUCUCGAAGUGAAGAUACCUCCCAGUAGCCAGUUUUAUUGAAAGGCAUUUGAAAGUCCAAAAAAGAUUUAAAACAAUUUAAUUUCAGGAUAUCUUAUGCGUGUUUCCGUCUUUUGGAAGAAAAAUAUCUUCCAGGACCUUUUUGGUUCAUUUAAAAGCAAUGGUAUACAGAUAUUGAAUGUUCGGGUCCCAUCAAUACUGGGAGAGAUCUCGACUAAGAAGCUGUGAGCUCUCUGCAUGGUGUCUGGCCUCGACAGAAUCAUAUAUCGAUUAUAAUAGUGUUUUUAAUCCGAAGACGUCUCGUCUUUGUGUGACAGGUCGGUCUCAAAGAGCUCACAGAGGACUCUUGGUCUAGGUUCUAGAGGACUCACUUGCGGUACCCCUCUAUACACUGAGGUGUUUUUCACAAUGGGUAAGUUCAAAACUAAACCCAAAAAUUGUUUAUUCCAGUCAUUUUUUUUAAAACAAAUACGCCACUUAGGAUUACGAAAGAAUCAUUCGAGAUCAAUGGCACAGAAAACUUAUAGUCAAAAUACUUUUCAUGACUAAUCAAAGCAGCAAACAAAUAGCAGGAUGUUUUAUGGAAGUAUGUUCCCGUCUUCUGGGGAACAGGGAUAUCCCCUAGGUCCAUUAAUUAUAUGAUUCAUAGGAUAUAAUUGGUCCGCUGAACCAAUUAUAUCCGCAAUUCUGUUUAUAAUUAAUCCAUUCAAAGCUCUUAUCCUAAUAUUCCGUGUCUUAGUAACUCAUCGCUGGAGUUAAAAUCUUCUGUUUACAAGAUUUUCUAGUCUUUUUAAUUUCCGUUUUAUUUUACAUAGCUAGAAUUUUUCUCAUAAAUUCUAUAGCUCCCAACCUUAACUUUCUAGAACUAAAACUACCAUUUAAGAUCGUAAAUCGUAAAAAUCAUUCGAGUCGCAAAACAAUUAUGGCUGGUGUAUUUCUCGUAAUGUACUGUUCCAGAGCUCUGCAUUUCACGCAGAUACUUGAAACUUGAAAUCGUUGAAAUUUAUAAAUAUUAUCAACCAUAUGGCAAGAAGAAGGGUAAAAUUCUGCUAAUGUUCAAAAGCUGUACCACUAAGAGCCCUAAAACGUCAUUUUUAAUCACUAACUGUGCAAUUUGGAUAAAUUUUCAAUCAAAACACAGUUCCAAACCAAAUCCCUCCCAAAUAUGAGCAUUAAAUGAUGUCCGCUCCUUUUGUGUUUGAUUUUUUCUAACGCGAAGUGUGGUGCCAAGUCUGACAGACGCAUUACGUGAUUAUUUCGCUAAUCACUAAAGGAAAAGCCACGCCGAAAUUCACAGUUUAACUGUAGCUAAAAAUAGAAAGCUAGAAGGAAAAACAAUCUUCUAGCCAAUACACAUUGAGAUUUAUCGAGAAAAGUAAUCAUGCGGGUCUGUGAGACUUAGUACCACUACUGGAAGGUUAACUAACAACUUCCUUCAAUAAAUAAAAUGCGACAGUUUUACCGUCUUCUACCAUGAAUUCUUGCCGCCAUAGUUUGCAUCUUUUGAGCGUUCUGGGAAAUUAUUACUUACUGUUUUUUAGAAAAAUUAAAAUACAUCCCAAUUUCCAUUUUAGUCAAAAUAAUAAAUGAUACGAGAGGUACUGUGAUUGGGUCCUUGGGUCUAGACCAGUAGAUCUUCUGUGUUCAAUAGAAAAGGAAAAUCGUAGCAAUAGAAUCUCGCAACGAAUAAUUAAAUUUUUUAUUUUCUUCUAUCAGGAAUUUACGGUUUUUUAGCGUUACGGGAAAUUAUUACUUCCUAUUUUUUAGAAAAAUGAAAAUACAUCUCAAUUUUCAUUUUAGGUAAUAUAAUAAACAAUGAGAGAGGUACUGUGAUUUUGUCCUUACACCUAUCCCUGUAGAUGCUCUGUGCUCAAUAGAAAAGGAAAAUCGUGGCGAUAGAAUAUCUCAACGAAUAAUUAAAUUAUUCUGCAAUCGAAUUUUCGAUCGGACACUACUCAGAUUAUUCCGAUUAUUGUUAGAUUUAUGUAAAUUUAUAGUGUCAAAAAAAUUUUAUUCAUGUUAAGGAGAAAGUUCCUUAAGAAAAUUGGAGGCUGCUUUUUUUUUUAGAAUUUGUAUAUAAAAAUUUUUAUACAAAUUUGUAAGACGUCUGCGCACGACUCAAAUAGGGAUCAUUCUUGAAUUACUUAACUAUUAAACAUAGAUAUUUGGUGAAAAUUACGAAUAAAUCGGUGGGCUUGAAUUUAAUUGAGAGAGUUUAAAUUUCCAUUAUUGAAAAAAAUGAGAAAAUACAGUGACAGAAUGGCAAUCGUCCUUGAAAACUUUGAAAUUUCCAGAGAAAUUGAAAUUCAGGUAAUUUUUGUAUGGGUCAGGUAAAAUGUUAAGAAAAAAAGUGGGUCUCUAAAAUUUUAUUCUGAAGACCUGAAUCAUCAUGGAAAAAUCAAGAAUUUCAAGAGCCAAUUCGAUUCGCCACCCUGACGAUUAAUUCGUUGAAAUAAAUUUUCUCUUUACAUGUAUGUUACUAUAAAUGUACACUGUCCAUAAAUUUCAUUAACAGAUUCGAUGUUUUCCAUUUGUUUUGGAUAAAGCACUCCAUUGAGUUGAAUUAUCUGAUAUCUGUUUGAGUACAAAAUAUUCACGGUGUCUCAUUUUAACUUUCGAUGUUAAAUAUUUUGAAAUUUAAGUGAUUGUCAGCAAAAAAAUUGCAUACAAGGAUUGUAGGGUUUAGAUGAACCGAAUUUAGUACAAAAAGGAUUUCUGUAAAAUUAAUAUACUGAUCUGGCCAAGAAUCCUCAUAGAAUUCGAAAUAUAUGUACUACGACGCAAGGUAAGAUCCUUAGGAAUUUUGCAAAUGUAUUUAGUAUGGCUUUGUACGGUCCCAUGAAAAGUUGUAGAGUUUAGAUGAACCGAAUUUAGUACAAAAAGAAUUCUUUAUAAAAUCAAUAAAUUGAUCUGACCAAGAGUUCUCAAAAAAUUGUAAAUAUAAAUACUAUGGCACAAGGUAAGGUCCUUUCUGUUUAGGAAUUCUGCAAAUUUACUUAAUAUGGCUUCGCACGGUCCUAUGAAAAGUAUUUUUAAUAAUUUUCCUAAACAUCAAACAUAGUAAUUUUUACGAUUGUGGUAUCUGGUCCGGGAGGUAGUCGAGAAGGAUGGAAAAUAUUAUUUUGUCGAUGGCAACAUCACGCUACCCCCCGGACUAACCUUCCUGUCUUAAGGAUCAUGUGUCUUCUAUGCUUGUGCUCACGGUCUAUGCAGGUAAUUUUUUAACGAUUUUUCGAGACUUUAAAGACAAUAAUUUUCUGUUUUCAAAAUAAAUUAUCUCGAUAAAUCAGAACUAAACAAAUUUUGGGAAAGUAAGAAAUAUAUUAUAAACAAACAUUCAAAUUGCAUGAUAUUUAAAUCUGAAAAUUGAAACGAGACAGCGUGCAGGGCGAAUACAAAGAAAUUCCAAAAUGUUACCCAAAAUAAGUUCAAAAUAUUUAAAUCAAAAAAAUUGAAACCAAAGGAAAAUUUUAAAAAUAAGAAAACAAAAUAUAAGGCUCGUUAAUUGGUAAAUUUAAUAUUGUAAAUGUAUAUCAAUCAGAAAACGUACAUCGAAAGAUGUCGAAACAAAUAUUUGUUUGUUUUAUUCUAGAAAAAAAAUAGAUUUUGGAUUUUAUUUUUAAAAUAGAUUAAUUAGAAAGUUUUGUUUAUUCACACGCUUACAACUUAUUUUUUUUGUGAUUUAGUUUUUUAUGUGAUUCCUCAAAAAUUAAAUGAAAUUUUGGUUUUAUUAAAAUUGAUCAAUUAAAAAAAAAAUACAUUCUUCGUUGAAAUUGAUAUAUAAAAAUGACCAUAGAAGAAAAAUUGUUCAUUUUUAGAAGUUUUUGGGGUGCAGUUCCGGUUAUACUGAAAAUGUUUUAUCCUACUGCUAAAAAACGAAUUGUUGCCUUGAAGCUGAUUUUUUCAUCGAAAUUCACGUUCAACUGAUCGCAUUUUUUAACCUCUGCAUAGUAAUGGAAAAUGGAAAAAUAAGGAUAGUUUUCCCACCCCCCAAAAACCCUCUAAAUAUUAACAAUGAUAAAAAAAUUUUAAAAAAUCAAAAUUUAACCACGGUAAACAUCUUCCAAGAGUUUCCCGAGGUCAUUGUUUAUGAAUAUGUGGGUAAAAAGCAACCAAAGGUGGUUGACACCCCAUUAAAAUAACCCCAAGAAGUGAUAGAGAUUAAAAAUUUAUUAAACUCAAAAUUUCACCUUGGAAAUCGUCUCUUGGGGGUUUUUGAGGUUGCUGAUCACGAACUCGAGAUCAAAAAGAUGGUUGCAAUCCUAUUAAAAUCACCCUUAAUAGUUACAAUGAUUAAAAAAAAAUUGAAAAUUCUAAAUUUCACUGCCGAGAGACGAAAUAUCCGAGGUGAAAUAUAUAAUUUUCUAAAUUUUUGUAUCAUUAUCACUUCUAAGAGCGCUUUUAAUGGGGUUGCAAUCAUUCUAAUCAUUUCCAGUUGCUUAUUGACUUCGGAUUCAUGAUCAGCGACCCCAAAAAUCCCCGAGGAACGAUCUUCGAGGUGAAAUUUUUAAUUAAAAAAAAUAUUUGUCUGUCACUUCUAGGGGUAAUUUUAAUAGGGCUGCAACAAUCUUCAGUUGCUUUUGACGUUGGAUUCAUGAUAAGCGAUCUAGAAAAUCCCCGGAAGACCAUUUUCGGGGUGAAAUUUUGAAUUUUUUUAUCACUGUUACUAUUUGAAGAGCUUUGGGAGGGUGGAAAAACUACCCUCAUUUUCUCAUUUUUCGUUACUAUGCAGAGGUUAGUGCUGCUGAAUGUUCCUAGGGUCUACUAGUAAAAAAUUGUAGGUAUUAAAAUUUUAUCUCGGAAAGUUUCGUAUAUGGAAUGACCGAAACUGCGGCAUACAAAAAAUUUUAUUCAAUUUUUGAGGUAUCUUGGAAGGUAAAAUACAGAUAAAGCGAUAAAAAGUAAAUGGCUCUUCGUCGGGAAAUAAUGUUAGUGUUAAUAUUUACGUGAGGAUAACAUUUAAACUAAGCUAGCGUGUGACUAAAUAAAGCGUAUAAUAUAUAGAAAUAUAUUGUUGCUGAUUAU